UCUGUUAUGACGAUUGGAACCAUGGAGAAAGAUAAGCCGAUAAUCAGGAGACCCGACGUCCUCAAAAAAUUUAGCGCCGAGGGUAUACAGAUGAUCGAACGAGGUCUCCUAAACGAGCUGCCCGACAAACUGAAACCACAACAAUUUAUACCCAGAGCGGCGGCUUAUCUCGAGCCUAAAAGCAAUACUACUUCAAAACAUUCGGCUGUACAGAAAUAUGAAAAACAAUCUAUGUUUAUCUCGUGUUUAUCGCCAAGAAGAGAUACCGUUGAAGAUACGCCGGUGUCAGACGAUGAUAGGUUAUCGCCUCUCAAGAAAACUGUCAGUUUCCGCGAGAAAAUGUCGCUUACGAAUCUCUUCAGUAAAGACAAAGAAAAGUUAAAAUCCGCACCGAAGGUAGAAACAAUAGUGGAGGAAGACAAAAUUAAAGCAGCCAAUUUAGAGAAAGCAUCCACAAUGGACCGCGAUAGUAAAAUGAAGAAACGCUUUUGGUUUUUUAGACAUAAAGAUAUCUCUGACAGUAAAGAGAAACGACUUCCGAACAGGCCAGUUUAUGUGCGAAGUAAAAGUUUCGAAUCUAUGCCCAGACUAUCCGUUGAAGAUUAUGAUAGGGUAGAACCUAGCCAAACAUUACCUAGGGUUGGUCAAUCUUUUGUGUAUGGCAGCACAGAUGUAUUGAGUAAAUAUACCGACCACGAUUUUGAUGAUGACGACGGAGUGUUCCUUAAACCAAUAAAAGAAAGUGCCAGUUUACAGUCAUCGUACACCAACUCUAGUGUAUCGACCGGCACCUCCAGAUCCAGCGGUAUAAACAUGAAUAUACUCCAGAGUGAAUCAGUAGCAAAUAUCUUCAAAGAAUUUGACAGAACGGUGGAAAUGUUCAGUGAAAACUACUUAAGUGAUAGUGAACCGUAUACCAAGUGGCAGAAAGAGUGGUCUUUGCAGGAUAAGAGAAAGAGUUUAUCGCACAGUGAAAUUCCCUCUCCAAAGAUAGUGCAAAUAAAGAAAGUGAACGACUUGAGUGGUGAUUUCAAGAGGGAGUUAACGAGUAGGCUGAAUUGUAGAAGUGACAGUGGCAUAGGUUGUCGGAUGGCUCGAAGAGGAUCUGUAACGGAUUGGUUUGUGCUGGAAGAGUCGGGUAAGGCAGUCGUGGCGGCUCCUUCAGAUCGAUACAGAAGAGCUCAGAAGAAGCCAAUUAACAGAGUGAGAAGGAUUAGCUCUACUAAAUAUCUAAACCAACAUCUUAUGUGA